UUCCACUUCACAGAAAGCUUCUUCAUCUGUCUCCCAACUUGAUCCCAAUUCCCAAUUCCCAUGUACAAUUCUUCAAUCAUUCCUCGUUCCCCUUUUUUUCUUUAACUUUCUUUCCUCCCUCCUUUUGAUUUUCCUUCGGAGAUUUUCUCGGAUUCACUGAUCUUUUCGUUCUGUGUCUUCUCAUCAAUGCCGAUCGAGGAAGAUGUUGAGAGUUGCGGUAGCAGAGCUACGAACUCCUCCUCUCCCCAUGCGACCUCCAGGCAUCAUCGCCAGAAGCUCGAGGCUUAUACCGAAGUGCUCCGACGGAUUCAGGAAUCCAAUUUUCAUGAGGCGAAUCUACCUGGGUUUGAUGAUGAGCUUUGGCUCCACUUCAAUCGCCUCCCUGCUCGAUACGCAUUGGAUGUGAAUGUCGACAGGGCGGAAGAUGUACUCACGCAUAAGAGAUUACUUCAAUUGGCUGUAGACCCUGCUAAACGACCUGUAUUUGAAGUUCGUCCUGUGCAGGUUUAUCCUUCUGCAAAUGAAAACCUUUUCAAUUCUUCUUGUUUGGAUUCUUCAAUGAUGGAAGAUGCUCAGAGCUCUUUUAAUUGUUCUAUCAAACAUGGGAACCAUCCACCUCCAACCUUUGGUUCUUCACCUAGUCUUGAAGCACGUGCACUUCAGGCCAUUAAGUAUGGGGUUGAAGAUAGGGACAGUGCCCUAAACGCAACGCCUUGCUUUUCUCGGCCAAUGCAUGAGAUCACGUUUGCAACAACUGACAAGCCUAAACUCCUUAGUCAGUUAACUUCCCUACUGGCUGAUGUUGGACUUAACAUACAAGAAGCUCAUGCUUUCUCCUCUGUUGAUGGUUUCUCUCUGGAUGUUUUUGUCAUUGAUGGUUGGCCUUAUGAGGAAACUGAGGAGCUUAAAAGGACCUUAGAAAAAGAAGUUUCAAAUUUCAAGGAGCAGUGUUGGUCAGAAAAGCAGUCCAGUCCUGCUUUGGGUAAGCAUGACCAGAAUAGAGUUGAAUCUUUUCCUAGUUGUGUUGAAAUACCUACUGAUGGUACUGAUGUCUGGGAAAUUGACGCCAGACAACUAAAAUUUGAGAAUAAAGUUGGAUCCGGGUCAUAUGGGGACCUGUAUCGAGGCACGUAUUGUAGUCAAGAAGUAGCUAUUAAAGUACUGAAGCCUGAGCGUAUUAAUGAAGAGAUGCUCAAAGAAUUCUCUCAAGAAGUUUAUAUAAUGAGGAAAGUUCGGCACAAAAAUGUUGUUCAAUUAAUUGGUGCUUGUACUAAACCUCCAAAACUUUGCAUCGUGACCGAGUUCAUGUCGAGAGGAAGUAUAUAUGACUUCCUUCAUAAGCAAAGAGGAGCAUUUAACCUUGUAUCUCUACUUAAAGUAGCCAUUGAUAUUUCAAGAGGGAUGAAUUAUUUGCACCAAAAUAAUAUAAUCCACCGAGACCUCAAGACUGCCAAUCUUCUGAUGGAUGAAAACAUGGUCGUUAAGGUUGCUGAUUUUGGAGUCGCCAGAGUUCAAGCUCAAUCUGGAGUGAUGACAGCUGAAACUGGAACAUACCGGUGGAUGGCUCCUGAAGUUAUUGAGCAUAAACCAUACGACCAGAAGGCAGAUGUUUUCAGUUUUGGAAUAGCCUUGUGGGAGCUUUUAACUGGAGAAAUUCCUUACUCAUCUAUGACCCCAUUACAAGCAGCUGUUGGUGUGGUCCAGAAGAGACUGCGCCCAGUAAUACCGAAGAACACCCAUCCCGUUCUUGCCGAACUUCUUGAGAGAUGCUGGCGUCAGGAUCCAACUGAACGUCCAAACUUCACUGAAAUUUUAGAGAUCCUCAAGCAGAUUGCUGACCAGGUCGAAAACAAUGGGGAACAUCGACGCAAGAAAGAUAAGUUGUCUGGUGCGUUUUUCUCAGCCUUCAAAAAGGGGUACCACUGAAUGCACAGGAGCUUAGCCAGGGGUGAAAAAUGGUGCUGGUAAUCAGUAACACACACCCCACAAGAAAGAGAGAAGGAAAAUGUUCAGACCUUCAUUUUCAUUUGCCUUCUUUUGUGUCCAUAUUUCCUUCCUUAGCCUAACAGCUAUAUAUAUAUUGAAAGAGCCCUUCUCUGUCUGUGGCCUAACCCAUAGCAUGUUGUAUUAUAUCUUAUUUAAGAACAAUACAUCUGAAUGUAGAAUCCUGCCUUCUUUCUAUCUUCA